UUUUUGGCUGUAUGGGCAUGGGGCAAAUGGAAGUGGAGUGCUGUGCAGUUAGCUAGUAGAUUUGGUACAGGGAUUGAAAGAUAAUAAAUUGGGAAUACAAGUCAGUGAGUUCUUUUUCUUCCUCUUGAGCAGGAAGUUUUGGCUUAUAUUCAAAUGAUUGCUUUGUCUGUAGGGAAACAAGCAGAAAAUGUUUGGCGUGAGUGAUGUGUGUUCCCAUAAAGCUACUUGUGUUCUUCCAGUCUUUGCUUUUCAGCAGAGUUGAAACUAUGUUGUCCCGUGGCUUGGUGGGGCAUGGGUGCUUUGCCAAAUAUCUAACUUGGUGGACUAAGGAGUGGACACUGUGACUCUAUCCCCAUCCCGUUCUUUAAGAUAUGGAAAAGUUGCAAGAACGGUGACCACCUAAGUAUACAUGCCUAGAAUCUAAUUCACAUUUUGCCAUAUUUGCUUAACUACACACCUCCCCAUUCAUCAAUCCGGUAUCCGUUCAUAAAACAUCCAGCUGAUUAUUUUAUGAUUUUAAAGUAAAUGACAGAUGUUGGUACAGGUCAUUCCUGAACAUUUUCAGUACAUAUUUUAUAUUUAGACUUCAAAAUGUGUUCAUGGCUUCCUUAAGGUAAAAUUUAUAUCCAUAUAGUGAAAUGUGCAAAUCUGGAGAGUACCAUUUGCAUAAUGUUUUGACAGAUGCGUGCACCUGUGUAACCCUAGUCCCUCUCAAGACAGAGAAUGUUAUUGUCACCCCGGCAAGUGCCUUCAUCCUCAUUCUCAUUCUCUGCCCUCACCCUCUCAGUGGCAGCCACUGCCCUGUAUCUCAUCAUAGCUGCUGAAAUGGGUUGCGGAUUGAACAAGUUAGAGAAACGUGAUGAAAAACGGCCUGGGAAUAUUUAUUCAACUUUGAAGAGGCCUCAGGUGGAAACCAAGAUAGAUGUGUCCUAUGAAUACUGUUUCCUGGAGUUCACGACUCUGAGUGCCGCGGAACUCCCUGGGUCCUCAGCGGUGAGGCUGGCCUCCCUGCGUGACCUGCCCGCCCAGCUCCUGGAGCUGUACCAGCAGGGCUUCUCGCUGGCAGCCCUGCACCCCUUCGUGCAGCCCACUCAUGAGAGGGAGAAGACACCCCUGGAGCACAUCUUUAGGGCCAUCCUGAUCAAGAAAACCGACAGAUCUCAGAAAACGGAUCUUCACAAUGAAGGCUACAUCUUGGAAUUAGAUUGCUGUUCCUCCUUAGAACACCUGACAGACCAGAAACUCCUCCCAGAGUUCAUUAAGAAGAUCCAGGAGGCCGCAAGCCAGGGUCUGAAAUUCGUUGGUGUUAUACCCCAGUACCAUUCCCCCGUGAACUUGGCAGGCAGCAGUGCUCCCGUGUCUACUGCCAACAGCACCGAGGAUGCCAGAGAUGCAAAAAACGCACGCGGGGAUCACGCAUCGCUGGAGAAUGAGAAACCAGGGGCUGGGGACGUGUGCGGUGCUCCACCUGGGAGAAACCAAAGCCCAGAGCCCAGCUCAGGCCCCAGAGGGGAGGUGCCCAUCACGGAGCAGCCCAUCUUACCCUCUGGAGAGGGAGAUGGUGGAGAACUUUCACCCCGGGGGGUGAGCAAGACACUGGAUGGACUGGACAGCGACCCCUUGGAGGUGCAUGAAGAGCCACUCUCAGGGAAAAUGGAGAUCUUCGCCCUUUUCAACAAACCGAAGAGCCAUCAGAAGUGCCGGCAAUACUACCCUGUCACCAUUCCUCUCCGUGUCUCCAAGAAUGGCCAGGCGGUGAGCGGCUUGGAUGCCAACUGGUUAGAGCACAUGAGCGAUCACUUCCGGAAAGGCGGCAUGCUGGUGAACGCGGUCUUCUACCUUGGAAUGGAGAAUGAUUCCUUACAGGGCUUGACAGAUGGAGUAUUCAUCUUUGAAGCUGUUUCCAAUGAAGAUAGCAAAACCAUACAGGGCUACGAUGCUAUUGUGGUUGAACAAUGGACAGUCCUGGAAGGUGUCGAGGUGCAGACAGACUACGUGCCCCUGGUGAACUCCCUGGCGGCCUACGGCUGGCAGCUCACCUGUGUGCUACCGACUCCCGUCGUCAGGACUACCAGGGAGGGGAGUGUAUCCACCAAGCAGAUUGUCUUUCUUCAGAGACCAUGUCUACCUCAGAAAACCAAGAAGAAAGAAUCGAAGUUUCAGUGGCGGUUCUCCAGAGAAGAAAUGCACAACAGGCAGAUGAGGAAAUCAAAAGGUAAACUCAGUGCCAGAGACAAACAACAAGCAGAAGAAAAUGAGAAGAAUUUAGAAGACCAGUCUUCCAAAGCUGGAGACAUGGGAAACUGUGUUUCGGGACAGCAGCAGGAGGGUGGAGUCUCCGAGGAGAUGAAGGGCCUUGUCCAAGAGAAUAAGGGAGAACAGCUGUCCCCUGGUGGCCAGCUGUGUGGGGUGGGUGUGGAGGGCGAGGCUGUGCAGAACGGUCCUGCUGGCCACAGCAGGGCCUCGGUGGGGGGCUGCACUGGGCAUUCCGAUCCUGGAAAAGAUGCCAGGGACAGGGAUGCUGAGGAAGUUGGAGAGCUUGGUACGGCUGAAGAAAACUGAGUGUCAGGCAAUUUCUGCUACAACUAGAUGAGUUGCCAAACCCAAGGCAUGUCGCCAACAGCUGGUUUGGGGGCUGGUUUCCCUGGUGUUGUGUGUUAACCUACCCUUUGGCUUGGCUUGACCUCUCCUUGUGAGCUCACCUGAGCCCUUCCAGGGCCAGGUUCCUGACAGUGUUGGUUUUUGCACAUCUAUUGGAAAGGUGUCAUUAAUGACCCCGUGUGAGAAUGCAGGAGGUCAGGUUAUUUCUUCUAGACCUCAGGGCUGGAGGCCCAGUCCUGGCUCCACCACUCCUCCAGCCGGAGGGUCUGAACCAUCCAGUGCCUGUCUGCCCCACAGGGACUCCGGGGAGCAUUCAGGUCAAAUCCACGGACACCUUGGGCUACAAACCAAGGCUGGUUGUUCAUUCCAUACCCUGUGGGGGCAGUGUGCCUCCCCUGCAGCUAAUUGGUGACUUUACAGAGCCCUGUCAGCUGCCCUCCUCCACCUAAACCCCUUAGACCCUCCUGCUUUGGCAAAGAAAGUGAUACGGGGGAGGGAAGGUGCUCUGCUUCCCAGCUUUUCUUGAAGUAGUCCUAUAGAUACUGGUAAUCUGGAAAUGAAGAAGUAAUUCCGUGUCUGCACCUACUCUUGCAGAAUGUUCAAGGAAGGAUUCUGUGUAUUAAUGCCAAAAAGUUGUUUUAAAGGUUUUGUAUUCAGCACAUCAUAUGAACACACAUUACUUCUGUCAUUUCAGGGCACUGGGACUGGCUGCUGCCCUUGCUAUGUGCUAUUUUAAUCAGUGUAAUAUUGGUCAAGUUGUUACCCAUGUAUGCUGUGUCGAUCAUGUGUUUCUAUUGUCCAGAAAGUAUUAAGGCUGUAAGUAGAUACAACUGGCCAACCUUGGAGAGAGAAUGCCGAUUGUCUUGACCAAAACAACAGCCUGUCUCCUCUUGUUUAGUUACUUACGGCAAUAAAUCAUCUAUGAGUUAGUGCACUGUG